GGCUGGCUCAUGAAUAAAUGAGGGUAUGACAUCAUAAACAGAAUCAAGAAAGAAAGAAAGACAGGAUUAAAACCUAGCAAAAUGUCUUACGCAUAUCUUUUUAAAUAUAUUAUUAUUGGAGACACAGGAGUUGGAAAAUCAUGUCUUUUACUUCAAUUUACCGACAAGCGUUUUCAACCAGUACACGAUCUUACUAUAGGAGUAGAAUUUGGGGCCAGAAUGAUUACAAUUGAUGGAAAACAAAUCAAGUUGCAAAUUUGGGAUACGGCUGGUCAAGAAUCCUUCCGAUCUAUUACAAGGUCAUACUACCGAGGUGCUGCAGGUGCACUUCUUGUCUAUGACAUCACACGACGAGACACAUUCAACCAUCUAACAACAUGGCUAGAAGAUGCCCGUCAACAUUCAAGUUCAAAUAUGGUUAUCAUGCUUAUUGGAAAUAAGAGUGACCUUGAAGCUAGACGUGAUGUCAAGAAGGAAGAGGGAGAAGCAUUUGCAAGAGAGCAUGGAUUAAUCUUCAUGGAAACGUCUGCUAAGACUGCGGCAAAUGUUGAAGAGGCUUUCAUCAACACAGCAAAGGAAAUUUAUCAGAAAAUACAAGAGGGUGUGUUUGACAUCAACAAUGAGGCAAAUGGAAUAAAACUUGGACCUCAACACUCCCCAUCCAAUCCAUCAGUACCCCUUGGUGGUAGUAGAUCACAAGACAGUGGUGGAUGCUGCUAAAUCCCAUGUAUAGUGUACAUCAAAACCCAUGUUAACUCAACCUUCAAUUUCAUCUUGCUCCUGGUGCUGCAGGACAAGAUGUGCAGGGAUUCUCGGGGGAAUCCAGUGAAGGCUAAAAAGCCACUAAUGAAUUACCUAGUUGUCAAUAAAUGUGCAAUCAUUCAAUUAUGAAAGUUCUAAAAGUGCAAAUAAUAUGUUUAUGUGUUGUAAUAAAAGGGGGAUUCUUCAUCAA